AACGGAAAGCGGAAAAGUUCGGAAAAGUGUAAAAACUAAAGUCUGUUUUUUUUUUAAAGAAAAUUCCUCAAGUCGAAAAUUUAGUAACUUUCCAACUCCCACAUGUUACUACUCCUUUAACUUAACCGGCUCCAAGCAUCCAUUCAUUAUCGAUAGCGGAUCAUGUAUCGUAUCGAUAAGUCCUUCUGAUCUCUAGUCGAUCUGUAUUUCAAAAUUCAAAGUUGGAGAGUUCGAGUUAACAUAAAAGUAUCCGAAUCCGAAGCAAAAAUGUCGAAAAAUAACUUAUUACGAGUGACACAAAUGAAUGCUAUUUAUUUAGAUAAGGAAAUCGAGAAAUCGUUCCAGCAAAUUAUUCAAGAUGCCUGCAAGCAUUUACCCCCUGGUCUUAUAACUCCUAUCAGCACAGAAAUAAAUCUACUCCUUCACUUAGGACUCCUAAAAUAUUCCCUAUUCAAUAGCGGAUCAACUUUUGGACAGCAACUGUUGAACAUCAAAUACGACAACCUGACAACAAUCAAAAAAGCCCUUUAUCUUAUUUUAACAAGCUUAGACUAUGCCAAAACCAGAUGUGAACUGUGGCGACCGUCACAUAAAAUUAACACGAUCAUAUUUCGAUUUUAUAUUGUUUUUAAGUUGAUGGAAUUUUUAAAUACUUCGGUUUUUUUGAGGCACGGAGUUAAACCGCUUCUAGUCGAGAGGUUGUUGGGUUUAAAUCAGGUUUACGCUACCGAAAAGCCUCCUAGGACUUUUGAGUCUAAAUAUUUGGCCAGAGAAUUACUUUGGAAUGGAUUUAUAGAAAUUCUAGUUUAUAUGAUUCCAUUGAUAAAUUAUUAUAAAUUGAAAAGAUUUGUUAAACAAUACAAUCCGUUUGGUCAAAGAACGCAAACUACCAACAUGAUAACCGAUAGAGAACUGACUAUAAAUUCCAAAUGUGCCCAUUGUCAUCUGGCUCCAAUUUUACCACAUCAUAUGGGUUGUCCUCAUGUCUUCUGUUAUGUGUGUUUGAAGGGUAAUCAAGCUGCAGAUGCAAAAUACGAAUGUCCAAGUUGCGAACAUAGGAAUCCAAACAUAUUGUGUGACAGAGUAAAUAUUUGAAAUAAAAUAGUCGACUAAAAAAAAAACAACACCGCUGAACUUUUAUUUUUCAAAAACAAUUAACAUAAACUCUACAAAACAGGCAAUUCUUAAAAAAAGACGUGUAAAAUAUCCAUUAAAAUUUAUAAAUUUAUUGAAAAAUCAAAAAUCAUUUUUCAAGGCUUGAGGUACAUUUUCUUUAGUCUUUGUUGUUACGCUGUAUCCGAGUAGUUCUGGGCAAGAUUUGUUUCCAUCGGAAAUGUCUUUUAAAGUCGUCAAUAGGUCGUAGUUUAUUAUUUCGGAUACCACAGAAUCAUGACUGAAAUAAAAGAAAAUUGAUUGUUAAAAUUUUCCUAUGCCACAAAAGUAAAAGUAGGUGAAGCAUAAUAUUAUAUGGUAACCUUGUUUCUAAAGAAAUAAUUAUGAUGAUACAAAAACUCAUGAGAUUAUCUAUAAAGUAAUAAAUUGUGCCUAGAAUCUCUCUAAUAACUUUUGAUUCUUACUUGUAAUUCGGAUGUUCCAUGACAAAUUUCCUAAUAAAUGCAGCUGUGGUUAAAACUUCUCCGGACGCCCUUUUUUGAAUAAAUUUCAGAUAUUGUUGGAUUGUACAGUGUGUGUCUGCGUCAACGUCCAUGCCAUUCAGGUAACUGCUGAUUAAAGGAAUUAAACCUGGGAAAUCACCAUGCUGAAAUUGUUAAUAAAGAAGUUUUGCAUUAGGUUAAAUUUUAAAUAAUAAUUUAAUUGAAAUCUGAUUAACAAGAACCCCAAGUUCAUCAAUCAUUUUUUCAAGUAGUUUUUUUUUUCUAGUUUUUAAAGAAUCCAAAGUUGAACUUCAUUCAAAAAACUUCACUUACCUUGCCAUUUACAAUAUCAUUAACCGUCAUAAAUCCCACCAUGUCGCACUCUUUCGGUUGACAGUUGGAACCAGCACAACAUCGAUUCGCUUCCGGCGGACUCACAUCAGUGGUGAUAUCUUUACGGAACCAGAAUUUUUGUUCUUUACACGCGUUGCGUUUUUGAGCAUUUCGCAUGUUUUCAUCC